AUGAGACGCAAUCGCUCUCCGAGUGCGCCUUCGCACUAUCGGGCGCUGGGACAUCAACAUGGCAACGGCGCAGAAUCAGAUCCAGUCUCUCUCAUCCGGUCAUUCAACGUCGAAAAUAACCCUACACGGCCGAUGCGACCAUCCCCGCUUACCGCCUCGACCAUCAGAGACAUGCCAUUGGAUCUGGUAGAUCGCAUCAGAGCCUUUCCCCUCUUUCUUUCUGCGUCGGAAGAGUUUUUAGUAGCAAUUGGCAAUCACUUGAAACCGCAAGUACAUGGACCCAACGACCACAUUGUCACGGAGGGGGAUGACGCAAAGGCCAUGUACUGGCUGGUGCGAGGCGUUGUCGCCGUCACCUCGAGAGACGGCGAGGCCGUUUACGCAGAACUCAAAGCUGGCGCCUUUUUCGGCGAGAUCGGAGUGCUCAUGGACAUGCCUAGGACCGCCACCAUCGUCGCCCGAACCAAGUGCCUGCUGCUGGUGUUGAAAAAGGAAGACCUUCAAACGGUCAUGCCAAGCUUCCCAGAGAUGGAGAAGGCCAUUCGACAGGAAGCGCAGGAAAGACUAAGCGUGCUCAAGAAAAAACGACUGGAACGUGGCGCCUCCCUCAAAUCCCCCAAAAGCGAGUUCACUCCACGCACUACGAACCCAGGCGAAGUGUCGACUGGAGAGACCGGCGCGAUCAAAGACGGCGCGGUGAUCAAGUCCAAGAAGCGGAAAUCUCCAAGCCCCAGCGUAAUCGAAGACCCGGCCCUCGGCAGUGCUCUGGGUAGCGGUUUUGUCAACAUCCGAAAGACGCUCAAAGAGCUCCCUCUCUUUACCUCUCUGCCGCCUGACAUCCUCCACUUUCUAGGAUUAAGUGUGCAACCGAAAACCUACCCGCCCUUCACCGACAUAGUAUGCCAAGGCACCCCUGGUCAUGAGAUCUUUUUCGUUGUACGAGGCGAAGCAGAGGUUAUUCAUCAACAGCCGAAGACAGAUAAAGAAGCAGAAAGCCUGACCAGAUCGAUCCAAAAAAGGCCACGACUGAAAACUGGACAAUACUUUGGAGAGGUCGCUAGUUUGGGCCUGUCUCGUGGUCGAACGGCAACGGUCAGAUCAAUCACGACGGUGGAAUGCUUAAUGAUACCGGGUGAAACCCUGGAUGAGCUGUGGACACGAUGUCCCCCGGAUAUCAAAUUACAGGUGGAGCAAACAGCAUGGCAUCGCUACAACUACCGUGACGACGAUGUCGACAUGGCCGACGCAGACCAGCACGGCAAGACGAGCAAGUCAGACCCUCCAACGCCGAGACUCGCCCGCCUUAGCCUUCCUGAUGACAACUUCGCAACACCUCUCAAGCCCAUAUCUGCGACUCCUAGGGAUGAUUCGGAAGUCAUGGAGCCAAAGGACCCCGAUCCUUUUUUGAGUGUUGAUAUGGAAAACUUGAGAAAUCGAAGGCGCCAUUCAAUAGCACCGCCGACCACGCCCACCGAGGCUUCUCCAACCACGCCUACUCGACAAAAUGGAGCGCGAUCCCCGUUAGCACAGCCAUCAUCUCCCAUUGCUUGGACUGCUCCAGACUUUGAAUCUGAUGUACCAGCAAAACGAGUCAAGACGCUGUCUCACCGGCCGCAUUCUCUUCAGCCUUCAUCUAUCACAGACAACAUCCUGGUACAAAUUUUUCAGUAUGCCGAAGUUGGCGAACUUUUGAGGCUGCGGCGUGUCUGUUCUCACUGGAAGACUCUCCUCACUACGUCUCCAAAGUUGUGCACAUAUGUCGACCUCUCCCACUAUAACAGGAGGGUGACAGACCAAGCUAUUAUCGACAGUAUUGCUCCCUUUGUUGGAACUCGGGCUCUCGUCAUGGAUCUGAAUAAUUGCUUCCACAUCACUGACGAAGGGUUUUCCGUGCUGUGGCGGACCUGUGGUAAGAAUGUGCAGAAGUGGAGGAUGCGCUCGCUAUGGGACGUCUCGGCGAACCAGAUUCUCGAAAUGAGCGAAAACGCCAAGGGCCUCAGGGAAGUCGACUGGAGCAACUGCCGAAAAGUUGGAGACAACCUCCUUGGCCGAGUUGUCGGAUGGGUUGUUCCCGAACCGCCGCCCGUGAGCAGCAGCAAGGUUGUGAUAUCGAGCUCGGGGAAGAAGGCAAAGGAGAAGGCUGCCCAACAACCUUCGCCUACUAUGCCAGCACCGGGAACAGUUAUUGGUUGCUCCAAGUUGAACACACUGAACUUAUCAUACUGCAAACACAUUACUGAUCGAUCAAUGGGCCAUCUCGCCGCCCAUGCCUCGAGCCGGCUCGAGUCUCUGUCUCUCACCCGCUGCACAUCGAUUACGGACGCAGGGUUCCAGUCGUGGGCUCAGUUCAAAUUUGAGAAGCUGACUCAACUGUGCCUGGCAGACUGCACUUACCUCUCUGACAACGCCAUCGUAGCACUCGUCAACGCAGCCAAGAACUUGACCCAUCUCGACUUGUCCUUUUGCUGCGCACUCUCCGACACUGCAACAGAGGUUGUCGCUCUUGGCCUGCCGAAGCUGAAAGAGCUAAGGCUGGCAUUCUGCGGCAGCGCCGUGAGCGAUGGCAGCUUGGAGAGCGUCGCUCUGCAUCUUAACGAGCUCGAGGGUCUUAGCGUUCGAGGAUGUGUCCGCGUGACGGGCAAAGGCCUGGAAUACAUCCUCAGAGGCUGCACACGCCUCAAGUGGGUCGAUGUCAGCCAGUGCCGCAACCUUGAGCCUUGGCUUCGAGCAGGCAGUGUUUCGAAAUGGGGGUUCGACAGCCGGACAGCAAAGACGGAGCUGACAUCAGUGAACAGCUGGCCUACGACAGCGUUUGACAGCAUGCUUGGAGACUUGCCAACGCCACGGAAGAUGAGUGUAGCGAUGCUCACCACACCAAGCUUCUUCCCGAGGCCUGGCGCUACCCUUAUGGGCAAGAAAAGGAGGCCGCCUGGCCCCGCGCGCAUUGCGCAGCAGCGGCUGCUCCCUGCACUCUCGAAAUCUGCGUUCCGGACGUCGAUGCGAAGCUUCCACCACCAGACACCCAAGCCGACCAGCGCCUUCUUCACCUCCCGCGUGGCCUCAGCGACGACUCGCCAUGGCUUCGCACGAUCAUAUUACCAGGAGGCUUCCACCCGACACCAGGCGGCGGCGAGCGGAACAGGGCUGCGAAAGCUGCUCGUCGGAGGCGCCAUCUUUGGCGGUACGCUGGUUGCCAUCAAUACCGUCUUCAACCGCGAGACGAGAGAGGAUGGAGGCAUGCCGCUUUUUGAGCGGGAGUAUCUGAACAACACAUUUUUGCACACUGGUCUCGGCGUUGGCAUCAUCGGAUUGACGGCGAGACAGAUGGUGCAGACUGGAUUUGUGUACCGACUGAUGGUGACGAACCCGUGGGUUGUUGGACUGGGAGGAUUGGCGCUCAGCUUUGCUACGAUGAUUGGAACUCGAUCCAUUAGCCCUGACAACUACGUUCCCAAGUACGCUCUCUGGACUGCUUUCAACGCCACUCAGGCCGCCUUUGUUGCCCCUCUGCUGGCCUUUGUCCCUGGUCCUCUGCUCGCCCGUGCCGGUCUCUACACCAUUGCCAUGAUGGGUUCGCUGUCCGUCGUCGGUGCCACCGCCAAGCAGGAGAAGUACCUGUACAUCGGUGGACCUCUGCUGGCCGGUGCCGCCAUCGUCGCCGCCUCUGGUCUUGCGCCUCUGAUCAUCCCCGCCACCGCCGUCCGAACACUGGCCUUUACUGAGAACAUCUGGUUGUACGGAGGUCUCGCCGUCUUUGGCGGCUUCACGCUGUAUGAUGUGCAAAAGGUGCUGCACCACGCUCGCCUUGCGCAGGCCGGAGUGAUUAAGCGGGAUCCCGUCAACGAGAGCAUCUCGCUGGAGCUGGACUUUUUGAACAUUUUCAUCCGCAUGGUGCAGAUUCUCAUGCUGAACCAGAACCGCAGAAAAUAG